GCUCCCCCGGUCGCCGCCCGGUCGGCCGCGCUGGCCCUUGUCACCCUCCUCAGCUUCGCCUCCCGCUUCCACCGCCUGCCGGAGCCGCCGCACGUCUGUUGGGAUGAAACUCAUUUUGGGAAGAUGGGAAGUUACUACAUUAAUCGGACUUUCUUCUUUGAUGUCCACCCUCCUUUGGGGAAGAUGCUGAUUGGACUUGCUGGCUACCUUAGUGGAUAUGAUGGUACGUUUCCUUUCCAAAAGCCAGGGGACCGAUAUGAGCAGCACAACUACAUGGGAAUGAGAGGGUUUUGUGCGUUCCUUGGCUCCUGCCUGGUUCCCUUUGCCUACCUCACAGUGUUGGAACUGUCAAAGUCACUGCCAGCAGCCUUACUCACAGCUUUCAUCCUUAUUUUUGAUACAGGCUGUAUUACUUUGUCACAAUAUAUUCUGCUGGAUCCCAUUCUGAUGUUCUUCCUCAUGGGAGCUGUUCUGAGUAUGGUAAAAUGUAACAGCUGUGCAGAUAGGCCAUUCUCUGCCUCCUGGUGGUUCUGGCUGAGUCUGACUGGCGUGAACCUUGCUGGAGCUAUGGGGGUAAAGUUUGUUGGCCUUUUUGUAGUCCUCUUGGUAGGCCUGAACACAAUCUAUGACCUAUGGGACUUGCUGGGGAACCUUAGUCUGUCACUGGUGAUGUUUGGAAAACAUUUACUGGCUCGUGUACUUUGCCUCAUCGUGCUCCCACUUGCUCUCUACACGGCUAUGUUUGCUGUUCAUUUUGCAGUAUUAAAUAAAAGUGGCCCUGGGGAUGGUUUCUUCAGUUCAGCAUUUCAGUCCCAGCUGAUCGGGAACAAUCUUCAUAAUGUCUCCAUUCCAGAGCACUUGGCAUAUGGGUCUGUGAUCACAAUGAAGAACCUUCGUAUGGCAGGGGGAUACCUUCACUCUCACUGGCACCUCUACCCAGAGGGCAUUGGGGCCCGCCAGCAGCAGGUCACUGCCUACUUACAUAAAGAUUUGAAUAACCUGUGGAUUAUAAAGAAACAUGAUUCAGAUACAGCAGAUCUGUCAGACCCCUUGAGCCCUGUGGAGUUUGUGAGGCACGGAGAUAUUAUUCGUCUGGAACAUAAAGAAACUUCUAGAAAUCUGCACAGUCACCAACAUGAAGCUCCCUUGACGAGGAAGCAUUUUCAGGUCACUGGCUAUGGAAUAAAUGGAACAGGAGACUCCAAUGAUUUUUGGCGGAUUGAAGUGGUGGGCAGAAAGACUGGGAAGCUCAUCAAAGUCCUACGGAGUCAGAUCCGGUUAAUCCAUGUGGCCACAGGGUGUAUAUUGGGCUCUUCUGGAAAGACUCUGCCAAAAUGGGGUUGGGAACAAGUGGAAGUCACCUGCACACCAUACCUGAAGGAGACUCCCAAUUCUCUCUGGAACUUUGAAGAUCAUAUUAACCCUAAGUUGCCCAAUAUCAGCCUGGAUGUUUUGAAGCCUUCUUUUGCAGAAAUUUUGCUAGAAUCCCACAUGGUUAUGAUCCGGGGAAACAGCGGCCUCAAACCAAAGGACAAUGAAGUUACAUCCAAACCUUGGCACUGGCCCAUCAACUACCAGGGCCUGCGUUUUUCUGGUGUCAAUGAGACGGAUUAUCGUGUCUAUUUGCUGGGAAACCCAGUGAUUUGGUGGCUAAAUCUGGUCACUAUGGGGUUAUAUUUUCUGAUAACAAUUUGCACUGCAGUGGCACUGAAGAGAGGUGUCCAACUGACAUAUGAACUCAAAGAACUAUCCAGAGUCGUGCUACGUGGUGGAGGGCAGAUCACACUGGGUUGGCUCCUUCAUUACCUCCCUUUUUUUAUGAUGGGACGAGUUCUCUACUUUCACCACUACUUUCCUGCCAUGCUUUUUUCCAGCAUGUUGACAGGAAUCACCUGGGACUCACUACUGAAGUUUUGUGCUGGGUUCUUGUCACCCAGCACUACAGCUAGAAAAGUAUAUGGAGGGGGGUUCCUGGUGCUGGUUCUGCUUAUCCUGUACAGCUUCUACCUCUUCCAUCCUCUGUCCUAUGGGAUGAUAGGACCUAUGGCCUCGGACCCUAGCAGCCCCAUGGCAGGGCUCCGGUGGAUGGACUCCUGGGAGUUCUAGAGCCAACAAGGGAGGCCUGGGAACAGCGGAUGAGAAGCAUGAGAUCUGCUGCAAUGUCAGGCUGAUUCUGGUGCUUUGAAGACAUGCCCUCUCUGGAGAACUCUGGGUAUAGGUAGCCCUGUUGCUUUGGCAUUUGUUUGCACUGCCUGCACUGGAAUAUGCAGAGGAUGAGAAGGUCCCCUUAAAUUAAAAGACUCAUGUCCUGAAUCCUUGGGUUAUAUUCAUGGACAGCUGGCUCCUUAGAUGUCAAUUCUUUUGAGCAAUAUAUACCAGUCAAACAGCAGUGGCAUUCCAGCACUCAGAGCAGUAGAAGCUGGAGGCUGUCUGUGAUUGUACACCUGUGUGUGUCUUCCUUCUUGUAAUCUAAGCACCGUUAUAGUUGGAAAGCCAGACAGUGUCUGAGACCUUAGGACUUCUAUCAUGAUUAACAAUUAUUCUUUUGGUGAGGUUUUUGAAAGCAUCCUGUAAGUAUAUGGGGACCUCCAUUCUACCCUGCCCUGGCUAUCUGCAGUUCUUUUGUUCUGACCCUGAAUUUUUAGAAUUUGACUGAAAGGAGUCUGCUUGAAAUCUCUUGAGCCACCGUGCCUUGCCUGCUUCCCAGGCCUUCUGCAUACAGAGAUGAAAUUGUUUAGCCCUAUAUACUGCCUUGCUUUCUGGUCACCUUUAAUCAUUUGUAAGUUACCUAGCAGGCCUGUUUCCAGAGCCAGACUGUUCCAACUCAGCACUUUGUAGCUUCUUUGCAGUUCUGUCUGAAACUGCCAAGGAAAUGACAGUGGAAAUGACAGGUGAUUUGUUUUCAGCCCCAGUAUGCUGUGGAGACCAGCACGAGGAUGUACUAGAGGCUGAUAUGAUAGCUUGGAAAUUUUACAGACAGCUGUCAUUCACCUUUUGAUCCCAGCUAUUUCAGUGCCAGUACCUGUGCUUUUAGGGGAAGGCUUCAUCUUAAGGAAUGAAAAACUGGCUGCUGGUGCCAAGGUAUCUGCUCUCUGUAUUCCCAUAUGGAAAAAGUUCCCUCUCACAGAUUGCUGGACAUCAAAUUACUGUAUUGAAGGAAAUGUGAGGCCAAGCAAAAAUUCUUUGUCUCUUAAGUGUCAAAAGCCAUUGAAUGUUGAAUCCACCCCUUCCAAGAAAUCAGAAUUCAGUUUAUCAGGUGCUUUUGUCCUGUGUUAGGUCUAUUUUUGUAGAUGUUCCUUUUAUUCCAUCUCCUACUCUUCAACCAGUUUCAGUUUCUUGUCAUGGUUCAAGUUGCUACCUUGUAGCAUCCGACAUGAAUGACACUUAGACCCCACCUGUGUUCCUAUAUCAAGAAGUAAUAUUUGAAACUCUUUUGUGUAUGUUUCAAUGCACUCAAGCCUUUCAUUUCAGAGUUCUUGUUCUGCUCCACAGCCUUUCAUCAAAAUUACAGGUGAGCGUAUCUGCCUUUAAACAUGAAUUGUGCAUUUAUUUCUCUUACCAAAUCUUGAAUUCUAAUGUAUUUCCUGCCGCACAGAAGGGCUGCAUUAGCAUAGUUGUUCUGUGGGGGGUACUAGACUCCAGUCAGACUUGCUUUCAUUCCCCUUCAAUAGAGAUCCAUAGCAUUGUUCAGUAAGGCAGCUGCUUGCUGUUGAAAGGCUCUGGCUUGGUAUGUCACAUCUCUCCAGAAGUUGACUCCUAUAGAUACUAAGUCAAAUGGGAUGGACAUGUGCUUUUGAUUCUAAAGGUUUUGAGUUAAUCACCUGCUGGUCAUAUAUGGUGGGAAGUCAUUGCACUAAUUAGCUACUGGGUUUGAUGAUUCUUUUCCACUUGUUAUUGCAGGAAGUGCUCUUACCUGCAUGAGCCAGGGGCUCACUGUGGUGAUAUAUAGGCAAGAAGGAUGAGAGAGAAGGCUGCAAACUUCUUCAGAUCCUGCUUGAUCUGACAGCAGCUGCGAGUUGUUAACUGUUGGCAAUGUGAGUGGCUGACAGUGCAGUGCUGCCUUUGUACCAAUGGGAUUCAGCAUCUUCUGCUCUUGGUGAGAUUAUUAACUUAAUAUUUUGCUAUCCUGAAUAUGAGCUUUCCCUAGGGUAGUCCCAUUUUCAUGAGGAGGAUUUGCCAAAAGAGCUAAUAAAAGCUAUGAUUUAAAGUGCAGAGUUUUUUUUGCAGCACAUAUAAUCCCAUGCUUGUUCUUAGCAUUAACAACAAAAAACCCCUAAGAAACGUGAGCAUUUUGGAAUGACAGUUUCUAAAACUCUUUAUUCAUCACAUUAAACCUGUGGGAAUGCAAAAAGUGAGUCAGUAACCUUGAUUUCUUCAGUUAUUAUGAAGGAGUCAGCUUUGUAGAAGUUGUCUGAAGAUGAUGAACCACUCUUCCUUGGCCAGGGUCCCUCCAUCCUUUAUCACUAAUAAUCUUUUGGAUGUGGAUUGGCAGCUGAGUGCUAAAGGUGGCAAAUGUCACGCUCCCAUCCCACCUUCCUAUGCACAAGCCCAGCUUCUGUUUCAAUAGACACAAAGGUUUAUUUUUCUUUACGACUGUCAUUUCAGAAGUUCUCGAGAGCAUUAGAUUGACAUUGAGACUAAUCUGUUUCUUAGAUCUUGUAUGCUGGUAAGGAGAUGGAGGCAUACAGUGAAAAAAAAUCUUGCUAUUCCACAAGAGGGAGCAACUUACAGCAGAACUAUUUUUUCUUUUUUAAUCUGGAGAUAAAAAGAUUGAAAGAUCUAUAUUGAAGUCUAGAGAGCAGGUGUUUCCUCUGUACCUUGUGGACUCCAAGGUUUGGGUAUUCAAGUAAGGGUAGACUGGUGUAGGUCUGUCUUCUUUCAGGAGAAGAGUACUGAUUUUUUUUUUAUUUUUUAUUUUAGAAUUUGACCUUCGAUAUUUGGUUCUUAAAACCUGUCAGGCCACAGCUGGAACAUAAUAGUAACUGAUAUUUUGUGAAGUCAAUAAAAUAAAAUAAUUGGGAUUCCAUUACUGACUCUGUCUUAAAAUGUCUGAGUGGUACAAACAUGAGGCAAUGGGUGUAGGGCACUCUUUGCUUUCUGGAUGGAAUUUGGGCUGCUUCAGUUCAGCUUUUCCAGUUGUGCUUGUGGAAUGAGUUCAGGGUUUUUUUGAGGACUGCUUAUUAGUCUUCUUCCCCAGUCAUGUGGAAAAUGGCUCACAGUGCUUUCUGAGGCCAGAAGAUUCAGUUCUCUGGAGCAGCUGCUCUCUUUGAACUUUGCCAGACAGGGCUCCUUUUAUCACUGACAAAGUAUUUCAUCAAAUUGUAUCCAUGGAUUCAAAUCACAAAAAGCUGCAGGCUGCCACAUUCCCUGGUUCAAAUUCUUUUUUGUGUGUAAAAUAUCUUCAACUCUUCAGUCUUUGAAGGAUAGGUAGAGGGCCCCUAGGCUCAUCUAGCUUUAUCCUAGACAAUCUAUCCAUCUUAAAAGGUUUUUGUUAACAGUCACUUCAGGACAUCGAUACACACAUAUCUACUGCAGCAGCAGGGACCGGCUUAUUUCCAGGAACUGGACUACUCAUUCUAUGAGACAGGGAUGUGACUGUGAGGAGGAUUUGAAUGGAGAUUUCUGUGUCAAGGUUGCUCUUGGUCCAGGUGGAGGACUUUGUGUCAUCACUGCUCACCAUUGUUUGCAGCCCGGUGGGUAUGAGAGCCACCCCCCCUUUCCUGUCUGUGUAGGGUUUUCUUUUUGCAUCUCGAUUGGAAAGGCUGAUUGAUGCACAAAGGGCACUGACAGGAUAUACCUUUUUAUAUCUUCCUCCUUUCUUCUGCUUCUUCAAGUAUGCCCAAAGUACAGGACAUGUCUUUGCUUUCCCCAGUUUUUAGGCUGUGCAUCUGUUUCAUACAGGUGCCUGAACAAGGGGUAGAACAGGACAUCUUGUAAUAUCCUGAGUAAAUGAAUACUUGUAAUCUGAGAACAAAACCAGAACCUUGUUAUGGAAAGGUAAACAAAUACAUUACUUGACAAUUCCCUCCUGUUUCUCCUGAAUCCCUCUGAGAAUCAUUUUCAAGGGACCAACUCUUAACACAGAAAAACAGGCAUUUACCUGAAAUUCUCCGUUGCCACACUUAGCAGCUUUCCUUCCAUGCUGUGCCUGAGUGACUUACCCUCUCAACUGGCACUCUGUGCACAAGCCCUGUUUCAUCCUCUCGGGAUCCUGCUGACAGUGUGAAAAUCUCCUUAGCCCUAUGUCUCUGCCAGCUGGGGAAUGUAGGUAAGAUUAUUUUUUUUUACCCCUUUACAGCAAGUGACCCCACACAUGGGCAAGUAUGUCAUGAAAGCAAAAGUGUGUGGACUGUUAGAACAUAAGGCUCUUUCCUGCUGGGAAAGGAAGGCUGAGGAUAAGAACACCACUUCCAUAGCAUACUUGCUGUUUUCAGCGGGGGACUGUGAACUGCAAGCAGUCAGGACUGAAAAUUAUCUCUGUCUUCUUUAAAGUACUAAGACCUUGGUUGUGUGGUGGGUUGUGAGUUGCUUCACUUUUUAAACUUUUUUAUGCUCUUUACUUGAAUGUCAAGGGCUAUGAUUGUCACAAAUAAUAUCUGAGGUGGUGAUAUAUUAGCACGGAUACCACUGCUGCUGAAUUUGUAAUUGUUCCUAAAACAUUGCCAAGUGAGGUUAUUGUGUUUUACAAGAGUCACUGUUUGGAGCCAUCCUUGGAGAACUUGCCCCUGGAUGAGCAAGAGUUUGUAGCAGCAGUGAGAGGGGUUCCUUUGUAAUUCUGUCCUGUAUCCUGAACCUUUCUUACUAAUGCUGUCUGUGUGUGCGUGCGUCCAUCUGUCCACAAACUGAAUGUCUUCUAACCACAGUGCAAUUACUGUAUCAUACAGUGUGGAUGGGAGAAUGUUCCCUUGAGCUAUAAAUGUGUUUUGUACAGGUGAUAAUGGAAAAUGAGGUAGAAUUUGGAAUUUAAUUUUGUAAUAAAUACCUCUUCUUGGAAGCAUUCUCUUUGUGCCUAGAUCUUGGGGUGGAUUUUUUCUCCCUUUCCUCUCUUCCUCACAUACUUGAAGUAGCAACAUGAACUUUAAACGGACCUAUUGAAGAGUUUGAUCUAGGAUAGUGAUGAUCUACAUCAACUUUUGGCACACAAGUGUUGUUGGACUACAAUUCAAGGAGGUCAGAUUUUACUGCAAUCCAGGCAAUUGCUGAUAAGCACAGCAGGAAGUGAAACUGGUUUAUUUGGAUGAGAAUAAAGUAUGUGUGUUGAAGCAGGUUUACUUCUCCCUAUUAAAGACAUGUUAAAUUGUAAAUAUGUAUAAUGUGUCAGGUUUAAUGGGUAUUUUCAUCAAGCUUCUGGUAGAUUACCUGUGAACACUUAGUUUGACAGAUCAAGCACUUUAUUCAGGAAUCCAACAUUCUUCUACAAGUCAUUCUUGUUUUCAAUCCAUAGCAUCCAUAACACCAGACUGGUGCACUGUUUUGUACAAAUGAGGCCCUUGCUGUGAAGUAAAUGCAAGAAUCUGUAAUAAAACUGAAAUGCUGAAAAUCAGAAUCUAUCUCUACACCAGGCUGCAGUGAGAGGCCAGCAUAUGCUUUUGAGUACAAUGUAAUAGGGGAUUUCUUGGGGUGGAACUAGGUGGGGAAAACCGAAGUACAGCUGACUUAUCUGGGGCUACACAUUGAUGCCCAGAUCAGUGCUGGAGAAGAGCCAACCAGUCUGUUUAGACAUGUUCCAAGGGCUGCUAAAGUAAAGCCAGGACAGCUGGGAACUGUACUAUGUCCUGUACAGAGUGAUACAAUAGGCUAUUAAAUGGCUUCUGAAAAGCCUAUUGACAUCUUGUACUGCUUCACACAGUGCAAGUUGGUCUUUGGAUAUUGUCUGAUCAGGGCUGUUGUUCUGGAAGGAAGGAGUGCCGAUACAGAAGCUGUGCUAGAAUGUAGGGAGACAACUGAAAGGAAAAAGAAUGAAGUAUUGUUCAGAAAAUGCUGAUAAUAUCUGGAGUAAAACUUUACUUCUCACUGCCCUCUAAAGGAAGAAUGGCUUCUUUCUGUAGGUAAGUGAUCUCACGUGGGCGUACACUGGUGAACGAUUCCAGUUUAUAUUUGAUUUGAACCUGCCAGAUUCCUAGGCUGCUAGAUUCCAGCCGUCACCCUCUUACAUGUUCCUCAACAAGAAUGAGGCUUUACAACCUGGUGUUUUAGUAUAGAUUUUGUGCUCUGUCUUCAAGCUUUCUUAAUCUUCUGUUUUCUAACAAAAUAGAAACUUUCAAUGCAAGUUACUUCCUUUGGCCCUUGAUUUCCCAUGCCCCUUCUCAUUUUCAUCGGUUUACCCAUAUGAUUUCCCAAACUGCACACUGUCUUCCACUAUCAGUCUCUCCAGUUCAAUAUGCUGAAAUAAAUCUUUACUACACCUAUCACUGCUGCCUGGUUUACAUCCAAGAAUGUGGUUGUACACUUUGGAGUUGUUUUCUAAUGCACCAUCACUAACUCUGUAACUCUGGCCCAUGUAAUACAUGCUCUGGAAAUAGAAAGUUUGUGCUUUAUCAGAAUGGGUGUAGUCUAAGUGUCGCAAAUGCUGUAAAUUGCUUUGUCCAUUUUUACCCUUCUUGCAGUCAUUGCUUUAUCUCUAGAUUUCAUCCAAAGCCAGUCAUCCUGCUGUCAUGCAGCUGACAAAAGGUAGUCUUCAGGCUUCAUUCACCUGAUCUGUUUUUUUUUACCAUGUAUUUUAGGAUUAGGUAGUUAUGAAGUACCUGGGCUUCUCCAUUGAUCAGAAAGGGAGUUUAGAUUACUUGUCCAUAUGAAAGCAUCUGUGUUGGACCAGCUGAGUCCCACCCUGGCAGUGUGCUGAUCCCUUGCAAUGCUUUAGGGACAAUAACUAUUUGGUUUUGAGGUAGAGAAUGAAACUAGCUGAGAAUUGGGGAGACUUGGUUAAGAUGAAAAUGUGAACAUGUAUAAGAUGGUACAUCUUGUAUUAGAAACAGUGUGGCCAGCAGGACCAGGGCAGUGAUUGUCCCCCUCUACUCAGCACUGCUGAGGUUGUACCUUGAAUCCCGUGUUCAGUUUUGGGGUCCCUCACUACAAGAAAGACACUGAGGUGCUGGACCAUGUCCAGAGAAGGGCAACAGAGCUGGUGAAGGGUCUGG